CUUGUUUUGAUAAACCGAGAACGACGACGAUGGCUGGUGGGGUUUGUUCAGUUUGUGGCUAAUAUACUCUCCGGACCAAUAACUUGUGCCGAAGAACUGUCACAUGAUUAAUGCCCAGUGGACUAGAUAAUUAAUCUUGUCCAUUAGUUUGGGUAUUAAUUGGGCGACGAGGGAUAUUUUUAUUUGUUUUUAAUUAUUUUGAAACCCAGCUUGCACCUGACUUUUGGGAUUUCUGUAUCUGCGAUAUUCCACGGACUUUUAACUUAAAAUAUGACCAUGGAGGACGACAACGACGCUUCAUCGGUGGUAUCACUACCUCUACAUGUAGUAAUUUUCCCAGUUUUAGACGAGCUUCAGAAGACUGAUCUAUCUGCAGCUCAAACAUUGAGGGCUGCAUUCAAUAAAGCAGAAAAGGGCAACCCCGGAUUAACUCAGGACUUGAUUGCUGGCAUUAUACAGUCUACAGAUACAAAAGAUAUUAAUUUAUCUGAAAGCCUACUUAGAUUAGCUGCAUAUGAUUGUGAAGAAUACACUCUCACAAGACCAGAACCAGAAUUCAAGAAACUCAACCAAAGAGCCCGAUCUCUCAAAAUGAUUUUGAGUAAAAUACCUGAUGAAAUAAAUGACAGGUCCAAAUUUCUACAAACCAUAAAAGAUAUUGCCAGUGCUAUUAAGGAUCUUCUUGAUUCAGUAAAUGAAGUUUUUAAAAAACACCAUGCAUUUCAGCUCAAUGAACAUAAGAAGCUGCAGAUGUUGGAAUACCAGAAGAAGGAGUUUGUCAAGUAUUCAAAGAGCUUCAGUGACACACUCAAAGUUUACUUCAAAGAUAGCAAAGCUGAGUAUGUAUACAUGAGUGCCAACCGACUCAUUAAUCAAACUAACACAAUCCUAAAAACAUCAAAGACUAUUGGGCAAUAAUCUCUACUUGUAUAAUAUCUUGUAAACAAAUUUAUUAUAAAAAAAAAAUGUAUUUUUACCCAGAUUUUGCAUCUCAGAUGGAUCGUUAGAACACACAG